AGUCGUAUCAAAACUGCAGUUUCCGAUUUCCCUCCCCGUCCUCCCCUUUCCUCGUUUCCCCCUCGUUUUCCCCCCUCUUCUUCUGCUCCCCCCCCCUCCUCCCCGCACAUUCCCUCGCGGCGCCGCAGACUGCUCGUUCGCGGAGUCCCUCUCCAACUUCGCGCUCUCCGGCGAUGCGCUCAGUGCGACCUACAAGGCCUGUCCCGCCGUCACCCUCACCAGCGACGCCGCGCUGCUGGCGGGCGGAGCGCUCAACCCCUCCGCCAUCGUCCUCACCGACCGCGCCUCCUCCACCGGCAGCGGCUGCGCGCCGCUGGCGUUUUCGGCGUCGUUCGCGUUCGCGGUAGCGUCCGCGAAGAACGGCGCGUCGAAGGCGGGGCAAGGGGUGACGUUCUUCGUGACGGCGAACGCGGCGUGGGAGGCGGGCAGCGACAGUGGGUUCCUCGGGUGGGGCGAGACGGGCGACUCGCCGAGCUUCGCGGUGGAGUUCGACACAUUUAAGGACACUUGGGACAAGGCCGCGCCGCACAUCGGAUUCAACCUAAACGCGUCCGUCAAAUCAGUGACCGCCAGCAAGGCAGCCAUCCCCGCGCUCAAAGACGCGAAAAUCAAAUACGUCUGGAUCGACUACACCCCCGCCACGAAGCAACUCUCCGUCUUCCUCAGCACUGCCAAGAGUCGCCCCGCUAAGAACACCUUCAUUACAAGCUUCGACCCGUGUGCGCUUUUUCCAGCGCCGGCUAACAAUUCUGACGGCGACACGCCGCUGUACAUCGGGUUCAGCGCGAGCACGGGCGCAAAGUACUACUCCGCGCACACGCUCCUCGGCUUCGACGUCACCGCCAGCGCUGCCCCCGCGCAGACCUCGAGUGGAGGAGGAGAGGGGGGAAGCGGAGAGGGCGGGGACGGGGAAGCUGGGUCCGGUGAUCCUAAUGGCGGCGGCGUUGGCGGUAGUGGCGGGAAUGUCACUUCUCCCGGUGGUGAAGGAGGGGGAGCGGGACAGACCUCUGGCGAUCCGACCGACCCGCCGAACUACUUCCCCACGCGCAUCGGAGAUCGCUCGCUGGGAGGGCUGCCCAUCCCGCGCAACGACUCGCGGCCGAAGCAGAAUCGGUGGUUCCACUACGCGUCCGUGUCGCUGCGCAUAGAGAGCAGCAACAACACGGCCAAGUGGGCGCUGCGGGAACACAGCAACGUCGACUGGCGCGCCAACCUGUCGGCUGUCGUGGAUCAAGACUCGCCCAGCCUCUGCAGUUCAUGCUGGGCGUUCGCAGCAGCGUCGGCGAUUGACGGCGCAUUGCUGGGUUAUCGCAUCCAGCCGCCGAACCGCGUGUCGGUGCAGCAGCUGCUGACGUGUGGCACGGACGACUGCGACGGCGGGUUCACGACGGACGCAUUUGAAUACGCCAUCGCGAAUCCGCUUGUGUCCGCUGCGGUGUAUCCCUACAUGGCAAAUGACAGCACGAUAUGUAACAAGACCAUUAUCCAGACAAACCCAGGGGUGGCGAACGUGAGGUUCUACGAGCGGGCGAGUCUGCUGGGGCCCAUUGGGCUCAUGUUGGCGCUGCAGUUCCAACCCGUGGUCGUGCACGUGGAGGCUGACCAAGACUGCUUCCUCAACUACAAUGGGACGAACAUCCUGACGGAUAAGACGUGUUUUGCCAACCGCAUGGUGAACCAUGUGGUGGUGCUGGUGGGGUAUCACCUGGAGGAGCAAGGGCAGCCGGGGAGCUACUUCAUUCUGCGCAACAGCUGGGGCACCACGUGGGGCGACAACGGCCACAUGCGCAUCGGCUUUGACCGCUCUCCCUUUGGCUACUGCGGCAUGUGGAGCGAACCGGGUUACUACCCCAUGCUGCCUGCCGUCCCCGGCAAGUGGUGUCUGGGCUUCCCCUGUGGCGCAGGCAAGUGCUUGGACCCGCCGCUGCCGCCCAAGCCGGGGGAGAAGCCGAAGCAGUUCUACUCGUGCGACUGCACGGUGGAGCCCUUCCUCAUCCCCGCUGUCAACGUGGACGGCACCGACACGUGCAUUGUCAUCAUGUGCGUGUGUUCUGAGUUGAAAAUGGCGUUCACACCUCCUGACCUCUUAUUCGGACAGACCUCUAACCCUUCUCCCUUUGUUUCUGCCUCUCUCCCUUCUCCCUCGCCCCCUUCUCCCUCGCCCCCUUCUCCCUCGCCCCCUUCUCCCUCGCCCCCUUCUCCCUCGCCCCCUUCUCCCUCGCCCCCUUCUCCCUCGCCCCCUUCUCCCUCCACCAGAGACGCACCCAUUGCGGCCACCACAUACACCAUCCAGGCGGGCGACACGUGCGACACCAUCUGUGCUGCCAACAACAUCACCACCACUGACUUCCAAUCCAUGAAUGCGGCCAUUGACUGCAGCAGCAACCUGACAGCUGGGGUGACUGUGAACGUCACGUCAGCAUCAGCCGUCAAGAUGUGCAUCAACUACUACACCACGCAGCCGAACGACACGUGUGCAUCGAUAGCAACCAAGUUCAACCUCACCAAUCUCACCUCCCUCAAUCCCACCCUCGACUGCAGCAACAUCACCGCCAACCAAGUGUGCGUGGAGAUGGGCCAAGCCCUCCCACCAGCCUCCGUGUCAACAGUGUGCACGGAGUAUUACACGCUCAGCGCCACCGACACGUGUGCGAGCGUGCAGAGCACAUACGGCCUCACGGCCACGGAGCUGUACCGGCUGAACCCUGGGCUCAACUGCAACAACCUCAUCGACUAUUCCGAUUCGUCGGGGUUGAAUCUUCUCACAGCCACGGAGCUGCACCGGCUGAACCCUGGGCUCAACUGCAACAACCUCAUCGACUACUCCAACUAUUCGGUGACUCAAGAGGAGGGGGCUGAGACUCAAAUAUGGAAGCGCGUGGGCACACUCUGUGUGGCGCAAGCCAAGUUCGGCGCCUCAUCAUGCAGCAAGCGCUACACAGUCAAGUCGGGCGACACGUGUGCGGCCAUCAUAUACAAGUACUUCCGCGGGAAGACCUCGUACGUCAGCAAGCUCAACAGUGGCUUCGUCUGCACUUCCUCCACCCUUUACGUCGGCCUCUCGCUCUGCGUCUACAACCUCUGA